UAAUGCUCAUGUGCGACCACAUUGUCAUAUGAAACAAGGAAUUUUUGUUGCUUUAAUCAGCUUCAUUUUAAUGUCUAUUUUUUGGACAGCGGUUCACGUACCCGUGUUUCGUAAUAUGAGUUAAUUUCGGCCCAGCCUACUUUUGUGUUGAUAUGUAUGUUAAUACAGACUGACCGCGUGUACAGCGUAGAUAACGCAGGUUCUUGUACUGGACCCGCCGUGGUUGCUCAGUCGCUAUGUUGUUGGGCUGUUGAGCAAAAGGUCGCGGGACCGAAUCCCGGCCACGGCGGCCGCAUUUCGAUGGGGGCGAAAUGCGAAAACACCGGUGUGCUUAGAUUUAGGCGCACGUUAAAGAAUCCCAGGUGGUCGAAAUUUCCGGAGUUCUCCACUACGGGGUGCCUCAUAAUCAGAAAGUGGUUUUGGCACGUAAAACCCCAUAAUUUUUUUUUUCUUUUAUUGUGACAGCAAUUACAAGGACACUCGAGGCGCGGCGCGCCGUUACCUCCGCCGUGCUGUGAGAGUGCAUAUCUAAAGAAAAGCUCGUACUCGUUGAGGCGUAUCUUGUCUUCAAUCAACAAUCGUCAUAUGUCUUGCGUGCGUUUCCUUUCUUCAAAAUUCUGGGCUCGGUAUACUCUCCAGUCAAGAAUGAUGUAUGCGACGCGCUGAUAACGCUAGGGGAAUCGAGGGCCCCGAUUUUUGUUGGCCAGAACUGUUCGCGAUCUGCUGGAAGUACCGGGCGUGCAGCGUUAAAGAAGGAAAAGGCACACAAAAAGCUACCUAGCGAUUAAUCAUUGUCCGGGGAUAGGUAAGCCACCCACGAUAUUAAAAAUUACAUUCUGGGGAUUAACAUGCCAAAACCACGAUAUGAUUGUAAGGCACGUGCCUUAGUUGGGGACGCCGGAAUAAUAUUGCCCAAAAAGGUGCUAACUUUUCUUUGAGUGUAGCACUGAAUUUGGUAGGGAAAAAAUAAAAUAAAGCAAAGUGAACUGUUUUCUUUACAAAAUGACAUUUACAGCGAUGUUUCUCUCAUUCGUCUCGUCAUAGUACCGUCCGGACACUUUCACCGAGCACGGCCGCCUUUAUGCUCGAGCGAUAAGCUUGCAUCAGGAACGCAUAUGUAGAAGCCUCCUAGGGAAUUCGACUGCAGCGCGCGCUUCUAUUAAGCGGGGAAGCGCGGAAAUAUUUUCUUUGACUUGGAAAUGCAUGCACUAACCCAAGAGAGAGUACACGUGGUUUCGGUUGGUUCCCUGUGUUCGAGACUACUAUCCCCGUCAAUCUUCCUUUGCGAGAAAAAGUGGCCGUUUCGAGCUUUGGUUUGUACUAUCGUGGUUAGUGGAGAGAUAAAAUUGCCUUGAUUGAACACUUUUUGCUUUGAUCUGCAUGCUAAAUAUGCGUUCCAGGCAGGUGCGAUGCGAUGAGUUUUCCGUGAGCUUGGUUUCUAUUUAUCGCGUUGUAGCAGACCGUUUCGGAACUACUUGCUGCUAUUUCGACGUUAGACGUGACUCCGCCCUAGAGCAAUUCGCACGGUCAAACGUCACUUCUUGUUUUAUGUUGAUGGAACCAAUGCGUUAUUGUACAGUUGUGUAUGCGACAUAAUAGGGUUCCGGUGAACUCUAACAUGAACUAACGAAGCUCUCUAAAAGCUUUAUGUUGUUGUUUGAAUAGCAAGGAAGUUUCUUUUCUCCGUUAUUUUCCGACAGUGCGGAUAUUGCGUCGCCAUUGUCGCUGCUGUGACGUCAUGUGACGCAUGUGUUUGGCUCCCGUCAAAACAAGAGCGAACGAGCGUACGUAAACGCGGUUGUGUCGUGACGCGGACGGACAGUGGAUGUUCCGCUUGCUUCAACACGGUAGGGCACGUACGGACUUCUCUUUCUUGCCUGCUGGGUUACCGAGAAGGGGUUGCUGAGGCACGCUGCCGACGCUGCCAGCCACAAUUGAAUGUCGCAGGGGACGACCGCCGGAGCGAGGCUUAGAGCGCUCGCGAGUUGACGGCUGGCCUCGAUCGUGUGCGGUCGGACGAGCUACCGCGGAUACUUUCAUGGCGGAUGGUCCCGUUCUGCGCUCACUAUGUAAGCCACGGACCCGAUUAGGAAGUCGGCACCCCGGAAACGGGCCGCAAGAAUCAGCAUGAGUGCCAGCGGUCUAGGCGGCGGCAGCAGCACGCUGCGGCGGUCGGCAGGGUCGUCGGACCCGGGCGUCACCGCCGCGGCGGGCGAGGACGCGGGUGUCGAAUGGCUUUACGAGAUCCUGCGCGAGGUGCAGCUAGAACAGUUUUUCAUGAAGAUCCGGGACGAGCUGCAGGUGACGCGGCCGCGCCACUUCGACUUCGUCCAGACCGAAGACCUCGAGAAGAUUGGCAUGGGCAAGCCCGCGGCGCGUCGUCUGCUCGACACGGUCAAGAAGCACCGCGCGUCCCAGUGGAAGCGGAACCUGCUCAACCGUCUGCUUCCCGUCGGCGUCAAGGCCCGGGGCUCGUCCUCGCCACAGCAACAGCAGCCGGGAUCGUCGGUCGUGAUCGGGGCCUCGCCAACGGGCGACCUGAGCACGCUGACGUGCUUGAUCAACGAGAAGGACGUGACGCUGGCGAGCAAGCUGGGCGACGGCUCGUUCGGCGUCGUGGUGCGCGGCGAGUGGGACGCCCCGGACGGCCGCACAAUUCCCGUGGCCGUGAAGAUACUCAAGGAGGACGCCCUGUCCCAACCGGGCGCCUUCGAGGACUUCAUGAAGGAGGUGAACGCGAUGCAGCAGCUGCGCCACCCGAAUCUCAUCCAGCUGUUCGGCGUCGUGCUCAGCGCGCCGCUCAUGAUGGUCACCGAGCUGGCGCCGCUGGGCUCGCUGCGCGACUACCUGCGCAAGCAGUGCCGCCGGCUGCCGGUGUCCCGGCUCGUCGAGUACGCCGUGCAGGUGGCCAACGGCAUGGCGUUCCUCGAGUCGCGCCACUUCAUCCACCGCGACUUGGCUGCUCGCAACGUGCUCCUAGCGGCCGCCAACGCCGUCAAGAUCGGCGACUUCGGCCUCAUGCGCGCCCUGCCCAGUCACGAGGACUGCUAUGUCAUGGCCGAGCAGAAGAAGGUUCCAUUCCCGUGGUGCGCCCCAGAGAGCCUCAAGUCGCGCCACUUCUCACAUGCCAGCGACACGUGGAUGUUUGGCGUGACCCUGUGGGAGACGUUCAGCUUUGGCCAGGAGCCCUGGGUGGGGCUGAGUGGUGCGCAGAUCCUGCAGCGCAUCGAUCAGCUUGGGGAGCGGCUGCCCCAGCCUGAGGCCUGCCCCGGGGACGUCUACCAGCUGAUGCUCCAGUGUUGGGCUCAUGCGCCCGCUGACCGGCCCACGUUUCCCGCACUCAAGGACUUCCUUCUCGAAGCACGGCCACCUGUGCUGCGUGCCCUGCGUACUGUACAGGAGAACGGCCGGCUAGAACUGGAGCCAGGCGACCUGGUGGAGGUUCUGGACGGCAGGCCUGAGCACCACUGGUGGCGGGGCCAGAGCCAGCGCACCUUCCGCAUCGGGCAGUUCCCCCGUGGUGCCUGCGAGUCCCUGUCGCGUGUCAGCCCACGCGACAUCAGCAGACCGCUCCGAAACAGCUUCAUUCAUACAGGCCACAUGGAUGUGAGUGGCCGCACCUGGGGCGACCCGGGUUCCAUCGACGAACUGUAUCUGCGCAACCCCAUGGAGCCUCCGGACCUGUUGGGCCUUCCACCCGAGGACGACGAACCACCUCCUCCACUGGCCACACGACUGCAAGAGCUGGCGCGCCGCUCCUCGCAGAACAACCCCAUCACCAAGAGGACGACGCAGAUGCGCCAGUACAGCUACAACCGCUUCGUCGACGAGCGGACCGAUCCCAGCGAGCUGGGAAGACUGAAUGAUGACCGGGUGGCGGCGUCUCCCGUUCGUCUGCUGGCACUGGGUGCUAAUGGGUCAUCUGAAGCCACUCCAGAGCCCGAAUCCAAACCGAGCCCUGUCAAAGAAGGAGUCCUCAUUGACCUUUGCAGCGAAAUCGACACGACCCUCCAGGUUGCACCAGAACCCGUCCGCAAGUCAACACCAUCCGGUGGGCUGACAUUCCCGAGCGUUGGGGAGUCCAUUGCGACCUACUACAAUGUCUCAUCGUCCAAUGCCGAGCGUCCUUACUACAAUGUCGGAACGCUUGAUGCCAGACCUACAUACUCCAAUCUGGACAGCUCCGAUCGAUACUACUCGUGCGUGACAGCUGACGGUGCCGCCCCGCUGUCACGUGUCAGCAGUUGCCCCUCGCUGAGCAUUGACGAUCUGCUCUCAACGCCUAACAAUCACAGCAUGAUCGGCAGUAACAAGCCUGCUGCUGCACCGCAGGGUUUGUCUUCACUGCCAGUGCCUUCGCAGCUGGACGCCUUUGACUGGCUUGAUGCCAAGAUGGAGGCUGCACGGAAAGCUCAGGCCUCCCCGAAGCAUGCGUCACUGUAUGGCCGAUUGCCACCAAACUCUAUGGGAACUACCAAGAGUGCCACAGUGUGCGGCGUGCCUUUGCUGCGGCCUCCACCAUCACGGGACAAGCGGCUUGGCGGCGGCAGCCGACUGUUCCCUAGCGAUGUGCAGGUGAUGGGCGUGGACCUCCUCCAGCAGCUUCCGCCACCUCCGACGCCCCCGCUUUCGGCACCGCUUGCCCAGGUACGGCCGUUCCUGGUAAAUCCCUCAGUGGCGCCCCCACAGUCCGCCGGGUCGAGCCGUCGCGUGGACAAGGAGGAGACCAUCCUGGAGCCGGUGCUCCUCCCCUCCGUGCGCGAUAGCCAAGUUCCUGCCGGUGGCUCGUCUGCGGCGGCGGCAGCACUGUCCCUUCUGCGCUCGCGUCUUCCGGGCAUCUCGGAGUCCGAGUGCCGGCGCGCGCUGGCGCUGGCCCGCGGCAACCCGCAGCUGGCGCUGCAGCAGACCCAGCUGGCACGGCUACAGUCUCUGGGCAUCGCGGGCAGGGGUGAGUGCGAGGCCGCCCUGCGUGCGUUCAACUGGGACGCCGACCAGGCUGCCUCGCACCUCCUCGACACCAAGGACAGGGCCGCGUGAUCGCUUCCCAGGGUGUGCUCUUGAUCCGCCGACUGGUUCUACGGAAGCCUCGUUGGUCUCUACGAAUGCGAGAAGGGCAGCGGCGAUCUUUGACCAAGUCUUACAUCGACACCGAAAGUGCUGGCUUGCGGCAAUAUUAAGCGCGUCUGAACGGAGCACUGGACUCCAAAUUUCACAUUUCUAGUCUGUUCGCGAGCUCUGUGUCUCUACUGAACGUUGGGUUCUGGGCGCACUUGUGUGAUGGCGCCACUCGUGGUCUGUAUGCAUCGCGUAGUCUCCGCCUUUGUCGGAACGAAACGCGAUAGAAGAUAUUUACAUCACGCACAAGUGAAGGUGUCGUCAUCGUGUUUAGCUUUGUUGAAAUAAGGUGACUUGCAUUUAAUGUGCUCUUGCACCUAUACUUCGCAUUCGUGUUGUUGUCAGGGUCACGUCUGGCGAUUGCGCAUUUCGACGAACUUUAGAUCCUACCGGGUCUUAUAAGAAACCUUGUAUUCAGUACUUCGUUCUAUGCGGGGCACCAGAGCAACCAGCGUAGCACUUACUUUGCACGGGUCACAUUUUCGGUAUAAACCUGCGUUUAUACCGCCUUUAUAAUGCUACAUAUUUAUGCAAUACAGUUAGAUGCAGUGAAGUGGUGCAACACAUGCAGAGUGGGGCACUGUACUGGUAAUGGAAACGUCAGUCGUUUGUUUCAAGCAUAGAGUUUCCUACAAAAUUACUAGAGGGAACUCUGGCACUGCAGUCGUUGUCCUACCAUGGGAAUGAUGGGAAGUACAUGGAUUUGUCUGAUCUUCGUGCUUGUGGAUUCAGACGUUCUUGUGGCUUUGUAUAUUACGCUAUAUCAAUAUUAUUCUCGUAUAUUUCGGCGCAAUCUAUAUUCUUCGAAGUGCAGAAGACGCCGGGAACGCGUCCAGUUUCUAUUAUUUGCAACGAUUGAGCUUGUCCUGGUGGCCAAAUCGAAACGCGCCAAGCGUCUCAAGGCACUGGCAUGCCCGCGAUAAAUUCAUAAGGGCGUUUCAUUCGCUUGUCGAUACGUGCGUCCGUGGCUUAAUGGUUUCAAUAUCAGGCUUCUGUGUUAGAGUCCCUGUGUUCAAAUCCUGCCGUCGGGCAAUUUUAAUGAUGUUGAUUUAAUUAUUUAUUCCGCAAUAUACUGUUGAAAAUGACGAGUUAACAAAGUCACAAUGCCGUUUGAAGCCAAAAGGACGAAGUUUAGGCAAAUCCAUGUACUUCCCAUAAUUCCCAUGCUGGGACAACCGCUCCCAUUGCAGCUCCCGUAGACACUAGCGCCAGAGUUCCUUCUAGUAAUUCUUGUAGGAAACUCUAUGGUUUCAAGAAUCUCUUGUGAUUUGAGUAGUAAUUCACAACAGUUUAUAAAGCAUGUAAGUCUGGUGGGAGCACAAACAUCUACUUAGGCAUGAAUGGGUUCGGCUGACGUAACUUCAUUCAUAUCUGAAGGAUCCCCAAAUAUCGGGAAAAAAAACUUAUCACACCCUACUCGCAAGAUGUAACAUGCCGAGCUGUGUCGCAUUUGAGUCGACCUGUCAAGCAUCUUUCAAAAGAUGUUUCAAUAACCCUUUAAACUUACGUGGGUGAUGUAAAAAAGGAACGAUUAGUAGUGAUUAAACUAUGCUGUCAGCAGCAAAGCGAAUCUUAUUUUAUUGUAUUUAUCAUAAACAUGGAGGCAUCUGAUGUGCACAAUUUCUUAUUGACUUAAAUUGACUUGUUGGUAUUGUACACUUGUAUAAUAGGGAGUUCCUUGCUAGCGCACAUAUUUGGAGAUGAUGCUGCUUACUCAUAUGUCAGUGCAUCCAGGUUGGUUACAUUGCUCAUCGCUAAUUCUUUUGAAUUCGGGUUAUAUUACAAAAUAGUACUUGACACAUGGUGGCUAUGCCUUUCUUUAGACACUUGUUGGAGGUUUUGAAGCUGUCAUUCAGUUUUCAGUGAAAGGAAGGGCCUUUCAAUCUCUAAAAUGGUGCACUGCAUAUCUGUGCUUGAUGUUUUCAUUAUUUUUCAUAAGAGUAAUAGACAUUGUGCAGAAGUUCAAAAUGGUGGCUAGCCGUGUUUGUUGGUAGUAAGACAUGCUUCAGCAAAUAUCGCAAUAACAGGGCAUAGAAUAGGAGCUCGCGGCACAGGCGCUGACUUCCAACAGAUAUGUUUAUUACGGGAGCGAGGAAUAUAUACAGUUUCCGAUCAUGUAUAUUUCGCUCUCGCGAAAUAACUAUAUCUGUUGGAACUCAGCGCCUGUGUCGUGUGCUCCUUUUCUGUGUUCCGUUUUGGUGCUGUUUGCUGAGGCAUUGUGCAGAAGUUUAUGUAUGCUUAAAGGUUUUCUCAUGAGUAUAUCAAGAAAAGUGGAAUUGAGGAGACAAAGCUUUCUGCGGCUCGUGUGACGUCUUACACCUAUAUGUGCUCAUAACAGCGAUAGUGUACAGUGCAGUCCAAUGUUGAAGGGGACACCUCAAUGCGCGGCUCCCACUUUGCUGGUGCUCUAGUUGCAAGUGUUAGCUGAACUUAUGUAAGUGCACAGGUGUGUAGGAAAAUUGCGACGAUGCCAGACUCACAGACAAUUUACUGAAGUGCGGAGUGAAGGCAUCAUUCGCGUGUGCUCUACACUCAUAUGUUCCUUCAACAGGAUACCGCAGUGUAAAUGCAUCGCUGUGAGAAGUGCUGGCUUACAAGCGUUAGUACUUGGUUAUGUCAAAAACAGGUUGCACCUGCAGCAGUCAUGUGCUUUCAGAAUACUACGAUGCACAGGCACCAAGGUUUUGUGCUACCAGUAUUGCAAGCAUUUUUAAACAACUCAGUGACCUCUAUUUAUAAAAAAAAGACAAUCUAGUAAUGCGACCAAAAGAUUGUCUUGUCAAUAUCCCUUUUGUCACAGUGGUGUAUGGCUGUCUGUACCUAGGAAGAGGUGCAUACAAUCGCUUCCACUAUUUUUUUGACAGAUUUGCUAUAGAGUUUAGGGUUGAGCUGACUAGUGUACACGUCAACAAAUGCUGACGUCACGGGAAUGGCUGCAUGAAGUCUUGCGAUGCAUUGAGGAACUCCCAAUUCGAGCCUUGUUAAUCAAUUUAAACAAUGAAGAUAUCAUUAGAUGUCGCCACUAGGCACGUGAGGUUGAAAUAAAGCAGUGGUUUUCUAGAGUGUCUGUCUCGAAAAAAUUAAGUGCUACUUCUAUUGGCCCACAAUUGAAGAAACUUACCUUCGGUCUGGCUCAAUGGAGUUCAUAUAGUACUGUGCCAAUGAUAAUUUUACCAACCUGGACAUCGGUAAAGAAAAAGUACGGAUACAUUUUUCUAAAUGAAAUUCCAAGGCAUUUGUUGUCUGAAAUGGAUGAAGUUAAUGAAUGGAAUUAUCGACAAUAUGAUAUUCUCGUUUGGUGUUGUGAGAGGAAGAUAGUACUGUAGAUCGUGUCAAUAUAGUUGUGCUAAAAAUAGCUGUAUGAGCGUAAAAUAGCCGUACAGUCGCAAGAAUAAAGGAAAAUCUUUGCGUUUGUAUUUGCAUUUGAUAGAGGAGUACUUUGAGAGUUUGUAUGUUUAGAUAUAAAAAUAUAAUAUAAGCUGCCAUUACAUGUUUAGAACAAUAUUUUAUUUCCUUGUGAUAAUUAAACUUUGGCCAGGCAGCUUCUAAAGUAGGGCUCAAGUUGAAAAGCUAGGCUGAUUAGUGCAAAAUAGAGUAUGCUGAUUAGGGAUAAGAGCACCUCAUUUGAGAAUGAUUUAUGUUGUGUCCUAUUUAGUUCACAUGAAAAUAAUUUCCAUCCGGACAGAGCGAUGGGACAUCAGUAAAGUUCCGCGUGUGUUGCUUCAAAUUAAACCUUUAGGAUGCAUCCCACAUUUUUUGCUGGAAGUUGUUUUCAGUAAGUACCUUUUUUGCCAAAGAGACCGGCUUUUUCAAAAGCCACAUUCUGCCCCGUAUGUAGUGCAGGGAAGAAUUAUCAGAAGCAUUGAGUCAAUAUUGUAGCCAGCUACAUGGUGGUAAUAAAUAUUUGGAUGAUAGGGUUUUCGGCAUCCAUAUAUCAGCCAGCGCAACAAUAGCACGCGGUUGUAUAAAUAUGGUUCAUGCUUUUUCCGGGACCAGUGGGAAAUUGGUGGGCUACCAGUUUGUAAACUGAAUGUACUUUCGUUCUAAGCUGAAUGUAGAUCGUAAAAUCUGCGUACAUAUGCUUAUAAAAUUUGCAGCCUUAUUUCCGAUGCCGAUAUAAGGAAAAUGACGUGACCCGUAGUAGCUGAGAAAUGCAUAGUUGUUACAGCUGCUUCCAGCAGUUAAUUCAGUACAAACACUGAUCACAUAAGGCAUUUGGGAACAGAAAAUUGUGUGAUGUAUAUGUUCACGAUAUAUCUUUGUGUCCAUGGAAAGCACACAGACAAUACGCAUAAUAUAUACUCAGGGUUACCGAAAUAUUCUCUGUGAAUACGUUUUAUGUUGUAUGUCAAUUUUUCAAGUUAUGCAUUUAUUUGUCUGAGGGCCUCAGUGUUAGUGUUUUGCCGUUCAUGCAGAAUGACGCGCAACUGACUAAUAUGUUUUAUAAGACGAGCAGGUGGUAAUCUUGCUAAGCUAGGUUUAUUAAAUAAAGUUACCACUCACAAUGUCAUCUAUUUAGCAUUUAUGUUUUUCAGUUUGCUAUUUAUUGCAGCUUUGGUUUGGUUGCAGAAUGGCAUUGACUAUUUUUAUUCUUUCUUUCGAUAUAAUGGAACAAAAUUUAUAAAUAUGGAAAGUAGCACUAAGUGAAUGCAGCUUUUCUUGCCUUGUCUCCAUUUAAGCAAAUUUUUCAUUUGCGUUUCUAGAGCCAGCAGAAUGUAUGUAUUGAUUUGAUCAAUAUGCGUUUUGCAGUAAAAAUGUAAUAGUUUCCAGACUGAGUCAUUGAUGGGAUUGUAAAAUGUUGGCAAAUAUAUCUUGCUGUUUUGCAGUUCAUAGUACAGGGGCAAGUGUGUCUGUGUAUGUUAAGAACAUGUUGCGUUUGAAGGCACUUCUUUGCUUGCGAAAGCAGGAGACUAGCUUUGAAGGCCUAGGAGAAGUUAAGUUUCACUGUUAACGUGUGAAUAUUGCAUCUUGUGCUGGUACUUAUACGCCUGCAAUAAGGGAAAAACAUCUUUGUUAUUUUUUAUUUUUCCUGUGGCAAGUUUGGGAAAUCAGCUAAUUUAUUCUGUUUAUGCUUACCAUGUAAAUGUGUCACUCACAAUUACACCCAUGGUUGUACAUGUGCCACCGUUUGGCGUCGUGUGUUCAGAACUUGUACCUUGUGUAUUAUUUGGCCUGUCAUGAAAGUGAGAAAUAAGGUGCUAAUGGAUGCCCCGUCUUCAUUGGUGCUUCAUUAUUUGCAGACGUGGUGAAGGUGGACCUGUGAAGGGCACUGUAAUUGAAUACCAUUGGACAAUCUGUUACGAUUGGCGUAUGAAAUUUGCGUUGUUUAAAAAUUAGUCAGUUACUGCGUGGUUUGAAUAUUGACCAGUUACUGGAGGAUGAAUACUAUUUCCUCAACUUGUGCAAACAUGUUGCAGAACAUGUUCUUGUGCUGCUGUAUUUCGUUAUUUGUGCUGCUAAAGAAAACGGCCAGCUUGCUGAAGUUCGGUUCCUAACGAGGUAAUCUCCUUGUACUGUUUUCUCGAUGAUGUUUCAAUUUUGCCUAUGUGUUUGUUUCAUUGGUUGUUGACGAAGAUGAGCUGUGUAAAUGCAUUGUUAAGUCGGAGUCAGUUUUGCACUUCGUGUGCCUGUGAUUUUUAUUUAUGGCGUCGUUUUAGAAGGUUUUGCUGGGAUAUCGAUUGAACGUAGUUUUUGGUGUUGUUUGUUGUUUCGUUCGGGUUUAAUUGAUAUAUGACACUUUACGAAGCCUUACGUGCAGGUCUAAACUUUUCUGAAUACAUGAACUUGUGAAAUUAUAAGGAGUUGUUAUAGAAGAACCGGAAGCUAACGCGUGGUGCGAUGGCUGCUACAUUUGGUUGGCGCCAUUGCGGGUGCGCAAUCUCAUCUACAGUGCUUUCUGCGCACUCGAAUAUAUGUUGAGCAGGGACAGCGCACUGUAUUCGUGUUAAACUUUCCGUGCGCGUUAACUUUCUGAUGGCGUCACUGCUUGAGCAUCCAGUAAAUGAUUGACACAUGGUUAUUCAAUGAGAUCUGUCGCCACGCACUAUUCACCGAUGAUGUUGACUUUCUGUUAGCAAAUCAAGUGUACAAACUGCCACAUGAGUUUGUCGCGAGUGUUCGCCUGUUCCGGCCAGCUUCCGAACACAAAACAGCAGCGUUGUGUUCCUAAUUAUCUUAAUUAAAGAAGUUUAUGUUGAA